UCGUGUUUCCGGUUGUGUAGUCUAAGAUGGCUUCCCAGCAGCAUCAGCCGGUGGGCUCCAGCUGCCAGUCUGCGUCUUUACAACAACAGCAGCUCCAGUUGAGUCAACAGCAAGAUUUCGAUCCGGUUCACCGAUUUAAAAUGCUCAUUCCUCAGCUGAAAGAAAGCCUGCAGAACUUGAUGAAGAUUGCGUCCAUCAAUUUAUCUCACAACACAACAAUAGAUAACGGGGUUAAAAGUAGCGACGCCACUGUUCCGCGUUUUGACAAAAGCCUGGAGGAAUUUUAUGCUCUUUGCGACCAACUGGAGCUGUGUUUGCGGCUCGCGUACGAGUGCCUCUCCCAGAGCAUCGACAGCGCCAAGCAUUCCCCCAACUUGGUCCCGACUGCCACCAAACCGGACACGGUGCAGACCGAGUCCAUGUCUUACAGCCAGUACCUCGGCAUGAUCAAGUCUCAGAUCUCGUGUGCGAAGGACAUCCAUAACGCUCUGCUGGAGUGUUCCAAAAAGAUUGCGGGCAAAGGACAACCUCCGGGAAUCAUGUAGUCUGAGUCCGUUGUGAUCUUUUUGUGUGUGGGCAAGGAGCAAGCAUCCUUGUAAAUAGCCGUCAAAUACGACCAGUAGAUGGUGCCACUGGUGGGACAUUUACUAUUUCAUGUUUACUUUUGCAAUGGACUGUUAAUAAAACGUUGUUUGUACAAA